UGUCUCAGCCUGGUGUGAAAUUCAGAUUAAUGUAUAAAUUUUCUGUAAUUCUUAUUUGAAUAUAUAUUAUAUAAUUUAUUAUAUAUUAUCUGACGGUCAUUAUAAAAAUGGCACAUUGUUUUAGUUUAUGUGAGAAUCACACUCGUAGUGAUUACCAUUGGUGAUUACAUACUUUUUGCACAAUAACAGAAACAACCUCAAAGAAGAGUAACUUGUUGUUUGUUUAUGAAGAAGAGUAGCCUGUUUUACAAUUAUUUUCACAUUUACAGGCUUCCUAAGUACUAACUAAACUAUGUACUUACCUAUAACUGUGAGCUGCACUGUGUGUAAUAAACUAAACUUAAAAAACACUAGAGAGACUGCUAAAUAAUCAAGUGAACUGCUCACAUAACAGUAAGUCCUAGUAAAAUGGAGUUUAAUGCAACUAAUAAGAUGGUGCCGGAGAGUGCAGGGCUAUCAGAAACACAGUUCUGCAUGAUAUGUCUAGACACUAGUACGGACUGUAAGCUGUACCCAAUGGGGAAAUCUAAUUGGGAUAUGGAAUUUGAAAAUUUGACCGGAAUUUCGUUCUGCACAAUAUGUGCUCAGAGACUGAGCAACAGCAGAAAGCUCCGAGCCAUGUGUCUGAAUGCCUACCAAUUGCUAUCGGGAUUGGUAGAAAUAAAUAAAUUGACCAUAAGAACACUACGCAUGUCGAACAAUCUAACAUCAAGUAUAGGCAAGAGAUCAUUCCAACCAGACCACUGUGACUUGUAUCUGAUACACAAAGAACAAGAGCCAGAAGUACAAGAAUUACCACACAGUAAAACAAUAAAAAUUGAAAUCAUAAAUGCUAACAAAAUCCAUAUCCAGAACCCUCUGCUCAGAAAUGAAAUAAGUAGUGAAAAUGAAGUUUUAGAAUAUAAAACUGAAAAUGUAGAUGAUAUCCAAACUGAUUUAGUAGAUUCCUAUUCAGAUGAUAUCGAAAAUGAUGAUCUAGAUAUAGAUCUAGAUAUAGAUAUCGAUACUGACAUAGAUAAUCAUAAAACAAUCAACGACAAAGUAACUGAAGUGAAAUUACUUGACACAAAACUUACACUGAAUGCGGAUCUCAAUAAUGAGAAUAAUGUUGAAGGAGAAGUUGUAGAAGUAGAUGAUAGUGAUGUUGAAUUUGAAGAAGACAUUCAUGAUGGUACUAUACACAGUGAUUCUGACAUUGACAUCGAUACACAGGGCGCUGAAAGAGUUAAGGGUAUAGUCGAUAAGUUCAGAAACGAUGUAAUGAAUGACACAGACAACGAUUGGGACUUUUUGAAGGACAGCAAAAGCGAUAGUGAUUCAAAAGUAACUGAAAAUGCUAAAGCAGUUAUUGCACAUAAAAUCAAAGAAACCAACAAAAGAGUCAGACGAAAGCUUGUUAGAAAAGAAACGAAAAAUCUCCCGGAAUAUUUAAAGCAAUACAAAAUAACGGAUUGGACACAUGAAGAACAGUUGGCUAAUAUACAGAAGAGAAAAGAGAAGGAGAGUUUCAAAAAUUCACCGUAUAAAUGUAUGACCUGUUUCAAAGGAUUUGCAAUUGUUGAUACUUACAACGAACAUGUGGAAAGACAUACGGAUAAAUAUGGAAAAUCUGUAUGCUUGGUUUGCGGACUUCACUUCAGAAGUGACAUAUCACUGCGAGGCCACGUGGCAAACACUCAUAGCGUGAGGUAUAGUUGCAACACCUGUCCCAUGGUCACCAAUAUUAGAAAAGCGGCCAAGAAUCACGCGGCGUUGCACAAAGUGACCAUCUACACCAAGUGCCCGCACUGUUCCAAGGAGCUACGUUCAAAGUACCAGUAUCUCUCCCACCUGCGAAAAGAUCACCCCACGACCAUGGCGUGCUGCGCUCUGUGUGGACACUCUUUUGUCACCGAGCGAAGCCUAAGUACGCAUCUUAACUUUAAACACUACGGUGAAAAUUUGCAGAAUCUAGACGGCCCGCUGUGUGAGUAUUGCAACAUUCGCUUCGCAUCUGAGAAGGCGUAUCGUCAGCACUUAAAGGUUUUGUGCAAACGUGGCGAUUCAGGGUGGCGAAAACUUCAAUGGCAGAAGUAUUACUCGUUCUAUAGUGACACCAACACGCCACGCAAGUUGAGGUCGUGCGAGGGAUAUUGCCUGUGCGACCAGUGCGGGAAGUGGUUCCAAUCGCCCGGGUUGCUGUGGGAGCACUCGCAAGUGCACACCGGCGAGAAGCUGUUCAAGUGUGCGAUAUGCCACAAGGCGUAUAUGCACAAGCCUUCGUUGAGGGACCACAUGUUGAACACCCACAGCGAGAACCCGCCUCGGUUCCCGUGCGGGGUGUGCCACAGGGAGUUCUCGUUCGCCGCCAACCGACAACGGCACAUGUCGACACAUCAAGAUACUCUCUACAAGUGUGACAUAUGCGACAAGUCUUUCACGAGCGUGUUCGGCGUGGAGCAGCACGUGACGCACGUGCAUCGCAAUGUGCCGUGGCCCAAGCGCAACCGUCGCGACAGACCCAAGCCCAGCAAACGGAGGUCUAGGGUCACCACUAGUGACGAGGACAAAAAUACUACACAUGAGGAGUCAAAAUAAUAAAUACUAUAAUAUGCCUAAUUAUUAUUAGUAUAGUAAAAUUAUUUUUCAAUCA